AUUAUGCUAGCGAUCAGCAGGGGGAGCUCAAACUCUCGGCGGUGUGGCAGAAGAUUGGAGGAAACGAAAGGCCCGUUAGAGGCCCGCUUCACGUGACCCAGCAAGGCCUCUGAAGGCCCACAUAAGCCGGAAGUAGGUUUUCUUGCCUGGGAUGAGGUAGCAACCUACAGGAAGUCAAGCUUGGUUUUUGAAACUUCGGCCCGAACUGAGACGGGAAGGCUGUGGGGUGGGUUCCGUGGACUCGCUAGCGGUUGGUAUGAUGAGCGAUGGGUCAGGAGAGCCGACUACGGAGGUCCCGCCCGUUACCGGAAGAGGGAUUCAUAUCGUCGUGGAAUACUGCAAGCCCUGUGGCUUUGAAUCUGCCUACCUGGAACUGGCAAGUGCUGUAAAAGAAGAGUACCCCGAUGUGGAGAUCGAAUCCCGUCUUGGGGGCACAGGUGCCUUUGAAAUAGAAAUAAAUGGACAAUUGAUCUUCUCCAAACUUGAGAAUGGAGGAUUCCCUUAUGAGAAAGACCUCAUUGAAGCCAUUCGGAGGGCUAGCAAUGGAGAGCCACUUGAGAAAAUCACCAAGAGCCGGCCACCUUGUGUCAUUCUUUAGUGUAUUUUUUACAUUUACUCCAUGUUCUCUACUUGCCCACCCUCCCUGAAUCCUUGUCACUUUUGGUUCCAAUUUUUGCUUCCAAUUUUUGCUUCCAACUUUUGCUUCUGGUAUUAAUUCAAUCAAUAGUUUAAUACCUGAUCAGGAUAGACAUUAAAAUAAUUUUGGUUGUUUACAAACAAGUAAAAUAAGCUAGAACUAGAACUUAAGCCAUAUUUGGGGGGUUGAUUUAACAGGGCUUAUUCAAUAAAGUAAUCUUUUUUUCUUGAGGACAAUUUAAUGUAAUUCAUUUUUCUAUUUUUUGAGAUGCUAGCAUGGAUCUUUCCUGUUGUAUUUUUUUUUAAUCCCAUCUGAAUGAACAGGAGUAAAACCUUGUCUUAGAUGUCUUAGAACAUCUAAGAUCUUUUAGCUUAUCUGCCUUUAAAGCCUCAACUUCUGGCCAUUUUCCUGCUCCUUUCCAGGGAUUUAGAGUGAGUUGGUGCCACAACCUGACUUCAUUAUGAGAUCUGCAGGUUCAGAGUGAAGCUUGAUAAGAAGUCUUCCCAAUAGUCCUGUAUAGGGACAAUUGAUACUACAGCAAAUGUUUUCAAGGACCACAUAUUUUAAAGCAACAUUUUGGGGGUCAUUGUUGCUAAAGGAGUGC